CGACGGGAAGACCUCGCCGCGUUUUUCCCCGAUUCAGUGUCGUAGUGAUCGUGCUUAUAGGUCCUUCGCCUCGCCAGACAAGCGUUCGCCGUGACUCUGAAACGUUUAUGGAAAGUGGCCGUGACUCCUGACUCCCUGCGUGCGUGACAAGGACGGGCCGCUCGCCGCAGUGACGCGUGUGUGCAACCUCUCGAGGGGGUGAAGGAUUUCGCGGUAUUGUGCCCCUUUGACCUGAAGGAUUCCGGGUUAGCAUGCCCUCCGGGGUGAGACUGGUCGAAGGGGGGAACAUGACCGUCACAGGGGAGGGGGUGAAAGGGAAGGAGGGGGUAGGGAACGGUACUAUGGCAGGGCCGUGUGACAACUCCGCCAUGGCCAGGACUGGAGGAGAAGGGAGCAAGGGGGUGAACAUGAAGUCUACGCCCACGCCCGCCGAGGCCAACGGUGAGGAGCAGGCGGGUCAAGGAGGCGUGGCGGCGGGCGGCAUGGCGCUCCUUGAGGUGGACGGGGGCGAGGGUGCGGUGCGGGAGCGGCGGAACAGCAUCCAGGAGCGGCGGAAGCAGCGGGGCCAGGCGGGGGCGGGGGCGGGGGCAGGGGAGGUGGAGUGCCGCGUGCUGCGCCUGCCGGUGGUCAGGUCGGAGUCCUCCCCGAUGCUGAUGCUGGGCCGCUCCGCCGACAGCAGCCCCGGCUCCGCCAAGAGCGAGCCGCCCUCCAACCAGCCCAGCCCGCGCAGCCCCGCCCUCAAGGUGCUCAGCAAGGUGUUUAGCUUCAAGGAUCGUCCCUCGCCCGCCUGGUCCCCCAAGCUGCAGCGGCGCGGCGACGGGCAGGGCGGCAGGACCCUCGCCGACGCCAGGAAGCGCAGCAGCCUGCACCUGCCGCCCACGCCGCCUGCCAUCCACGACCACGAGGCCAAGUGGUUCCCGGACGCCAAGUCGGGGUCACCUCACACCAACGGCAGUCCCCGGAGUCCCAGCAGUCCCCGCAGCCCUCUCAGCCCGGUCAGCCCCGGCUCCAAGAUGGCCCGUUUGCCCUUUUUCAAGCCUACGACCACUGCAUCGCCCGGCAAAGCCUCCCCCGGGGGCCCGAACGGCACCAUGGAGCAGCUGGACGGCGCCGGGAUCAUCUACCGGCCGCACGCCUACCGCCGGGCGGGGUCAACGCGCAACCACUGGAGGACCAAGUCAGACACCUUCACGCAGCCCCCGCCCAGGGUGGAGCCCGUCAGGAAGAGGAGCAGGGACGACUCCGAGUGUGACGCUCUGCCCUUCGAUCUCAGGUAAGUCUGCCCAAAUUGAUUCCUGACAGGUGUGCGCCAGGUGUAUGUGUGGGCAGGUGUGUGUGGUUGGUUGCUCACUCUGAUGACUAACGUGCGUGCCGGUCCUCGUCUGGCGCCCAUGAAUAUUAUGUUUGAGAAU